ACGACCGCGUCGGACCCGUUUGACAAGAUAAAGACAAGAGAUGGCGCUAGCGUAAUUAAAAUUGAGAGGAUGAGCUCGCUGAAAAUGAAAUGGCGUCCUAAGUUACCAUCAUGACAACGAAAUGUACCACUCUGCCCCCUUCUGGGUCAAAGAAACCACCAACUGGACAUACUCCUCAACUCGCUACUUCUGGAAAACAACUUGGGAAUGCACAACUCCUAUUUGAACCUUCUCCUAAACUAGAGAAAACCAACAGAAACCGUUCCCCCAGCCCAAACAUCAGACGCAGAACGCAGAGUGCCAAGACAUCUCAUACCAAGUCUUCAAGGUCGUUGCUUGUUUCUUCCUUUGGAAACGCAGAGAGGAGGCCUGUAUCGGCAGUUGUUCCUGGAGAAAAGCAAUACUUGCGGACAUCUAAGUCUAAAGAGGAGGGAGUACAUUUUGUAAACAAUGCCAAUAAUAGACCUAGUCACGUCCCUGUGCCAACUCAGUUCUUGGCGUUUGAGGAAACAGAUUCAUGUCCUCACCAUUCUUCAUUAACGGAACCUCCCCAUAGGCAUGUACCGAGAACUUAUCAUGGUAAGGUAGAUUUCAAAGGUCAUGGACAUGAAGAUACUGCAGGCCAUCAUGAAAGUGUGCCUGGAAAGAACUCAAGAAGAAUGUUUUCAGAUGAUGGUUUAGCGAGUGAAGAGAAUAGGAACAGUUUGCCUCAGGGUAUUUCAGCCCUUUCACCGUGGAUUACACCUGGUCUGCCAUCUGAGUGGAUAGGGGUAGAUGAAGGUAGCUGUGUGGUGUUCUUGCCUUCAUUGCUGGGUGAAACUGAAGCCUUGCCUGUCGUACCUCCACCUCAAGAAUCAUCAGAAGUCAUGCCACAUAAGCCACCUCCUCCUCAGCCAAAACCAUUUGAUCCAAGAAAGUUGUUCCAUUAUGAUGUGGAAAAGAACCUCCCUUCGUACAUGAAAGACGUGGAUGGACCCCGGCCUAAAAGUCGCCCAGGCACCUCCAAAGAUGGCAGGAUAUACUCCCUGAAUGGACAGCUGCUGCAUGAUCAAUGUAAAUAUUCUAGGAACAGAACGGCGUUGAUGAUCAAGCAGGAAAUUGAAGAUCUGGAGCUACUUCUUGAAGGUGUUGGACGUAAAGGAAGUGCCAAUCCAGUCGUGCAGUAUCAGUAUGAGAUCAGUAUGCUGAAGAAGGCGGUGUCAGACACCAUUAUCCAGUGCCAUCUAAUGAGGAGACCCAAGCCAAAAGAGGAAGAACCACCAGAUUUAACCGGAUUACGGCAGUACAUAAGAGAGCGGGAACAUGUGCUUGCUAAGAUCAAAGCAAGGAGGGAAGCUUGUCUGAUAGAGCUGGCAAAACUUGAAAACUCCCUUGGUCUCGGAGAUCAGGCCAACCAGAGUGUAGACUGAGCUAAUAAAUCUUCAUCAUUUACAUGUAGGAGGGAUUCACAUUGACUUGUUUGUUCUGACCAAUCAGAUGCAAGGAUUUGAGGUAACUUGUAACAAUAGUCAGUGAGAAUCUUUUGAAAGAUCUCUAGAUCUCAGAGACCAGGUGGGUGUUUCAUAAACCUGUUUGUAAGUUAUGAGCGACGUAACGUAUGACUGGUGACCCCUUUUUGAGAAGCAAAAUUAGCACCAGUGGUAAUUUGGGCUGUGUCACUUACCAUAAGAAAGGGUCUCCAUUCGUUUUUAAGGUUAUGCGUAACUUACGAAUAGCUCAAUGGAAUGGUCUUCAGCCAAUCGUCAUCUCGAGAGUGUGUCAUGAAGCAAAUAGUCGGGGAUUUAUAAUGACUCAUUUGCUUUGAGCCAACCAGAUGCAGAGAUUUGCAAUACACAAAGCUUUAAUAUGAUAAUAGAAGGUGAAAAAUCACUCAAAAACUCUAGGUCUUAGAGACCGGUGCCCAGUGUAUUACAAAGAGUUAUGAUUGAUCCAAUCGACUGUAACUAUGGAAAUCGAUCAGUGUCAUAAUUUUUUCUACAUGAAAUUUGCAAAAUAUCCUUUGCAAACAAAGGGGAACAUGCCAAAUUGUCAAUAAAUCGAUGAAUUUAUGAAUAUACAUCAUAGCUAGAAUUUUUUUUGAACAAACAUGUAUUUUAUGUGUUGAGUUUGGUGGCUUUCCAUAGUUGCAAUUGAUCGAAUCAAUUGUAAGUCUUUGCAAGACGGGCCCCUAAUUGAAGCUAAUUCGUAAGUUACAAACAACUUACGAAUCUACGAGCAUUGAGUUGUAACCCUUUCUUGGAAGGGAUAUCAAGGCCAAUUGUAAUUUUGGUUAUGUCAUGUACCAGAAGGAAAGAUAACACGUUAUAUAUAAAGUCAUGCAUAACAUUUUUCUGAAAUGGUGCUUGGGCCAAUCAGAGUGUUGACUGAGCUCUAUAUAACUCCUCAUUUGGGGAUUGCAUCAUGAAGCAAAUAGUCAGGGAUUUUCAUAUUCUCAAUUGCUAUGAGCCAAUCAGAUGCAAGGAUUUGCAGUAGCUUAUAACAAUAGUCAGUGGAAAUCACUGGUUACUUGGUUCGUGAAAUGCUCCCUACCUCUUCUUCACCUUGAUUCACUUGAUGUGUAAAACUCAUGAAAACAGUGUGUGAGACAGAAUUUGAUCUUCUGAAUUUUUUUCAGAAUGUGUUUUUUUUUUAAUGCGGUAUAUUAAGUUAUUUCUAUAUGAUUUAUUCCUAUCCAACAACAGAUAGAUUAUCGUUUAAAAAAUUAAUAAACAAGCGUACAGAUAAUGCUGAAAAUUCAAUCAAAAUUGAAUGGAAAAAUGCUCCAAAUUUUAAUCAUGUUUGGUUGCGUAUAUUUAUAAAAAACAGUACAACGUCUCAGAAUUGUUUCUGGAUCGAUAGCACUAUAUAGCGUUAUGACAUUGUUGUUAUUAUUUUAAUUAUUUUGCAAAUAUUGAUGCUGAUGGUGACACACUCGCUGAUCCUUUUAUAUAAUCAUAUGAAUUUUCAAUCAAUGUGAUGUUGUAGUGGACUUGGUUAUUUGCUAUAUCAAUGAUAUGUGUAUUUGUGUUAAUGAAAGUAAAUUACUUUUAUAUGCAGACGACAGUGUUUUACUCUAUUCUGAUACAAGUCCUAAGCUGAUCAGUGAAAAACUUAGCUUAGAAUUAUCAAAUUGUGUUAAAUGGAUGACAGAUAAUAAGCUUAGCUUACAUGUUGGUAAGACCGAAAGUAUUUUGUUUUGUUCGCGGGCUAGGUCUAAGCAUACAGAUGAUUUCAAUAUAUACUAUAACAAUCAAUUAAUUAAGAGACAGAAUUCCGUGAAGUAUUUAGGCCUGAUAUUAAAUAGUGAUCUCUCAUGUACGUCUAUGGUUGACUCUAUUGUCAAAAAAGCUAAUGCUCGCUUGAAAUUUCUAUACCGGUAUCAAAAUUGCAUGAAUACGAAAUCCAGACGCAUUUUAAGCUUUUCAUUAAUGCAGUGUUUAUUUGAUUAUGCUAAUGCAGCAUGGUACUGCAGUCUUGGAAAGGUUGAUCAAAAAAAGUUUAGAAUUAUUCAAAAUAAGAUUGUUAGAUUUAUUACUUGCUUACACCCAAGAACACAUGUUGGGAAGAAUGAAAUCGAAAAAGCUGGCCUUCUUCGCAUAGACUUGAGGUCGCAACAACUUAUACUUCACCAUGUUCAUAAAAUUUUCUAUUCAAACGAAUAUCAUUACAUCUCAAAAAACUUUACACGGUCAUCUAAU